GCCCGAUCGCUGCGAGCGCAAUAACGAGCAUUUUCCCGCCGGGCCGUGGAGUCGAAUGCUGCACACCACAAUGAACGGAGAAGCACACAUGGAGCGUGAUAAAAGCGUCUCGCCUCGCACGCCGCAGCACGCAAACCCCACCUAAGUCCACGAUGUUUCUGCGCCAGCUCCUCGCGCUCGGCAGCCUCGCCGGCAGCCUCGCCCUGGCCGCGGCCCAGAACACCUCCUUCACCAACCCCGUCAUCUACAGCGACUACCCCGACAACGACAUCUCCACGGGCCCAGACGGCGCCUUCUACUUCUCCGCAUCCAACUUCCACUACAGCCCCGGCGCGCCCAUCCUGCGCUCCUGGGACCUCGUCAACUGGGAGCCCGUGGGCCACUCGCUGCCGCGGCUCAACUUCGGGCCCGGCUACGACCUGCCGGCGACGGGCGAGCGGGCGUACCGCGGCGGCACGUGGGCGUCCAGUCUGCGGUACCGUGAGAGCGACAAGACGUGGUACUGGAUCGGGUGUGUGAAUUUCUGGCAGACGUGGGUGUUUACUGCGGCGGCGCCCGAGGGGCCGUGGUACAACCGCGCGAAUUUCGGGGGCGGGGUGUGUUUCUACGAUAAUGGGUUGCUGGUGGAUGACGAUGAUUCGUUGUAUGUGGUGUAUGGGAAUGGGCAGGUUAAGGUCUCGCAGCUGGCGCCAGACGGGCUCAGUGUUGUGAAGACACAGGAUGUGUUUAGUGCGGCGACGGUGGGGGUCGAUUCGAUCGAGGGAAACAGGAUGUAUAAGAUCAACGGCACGUAUUACGUGCUAAACGAUAGGCCGGGCGGGACGACGUUCAUCUGGAAGUCGGCGAGUCCGUGGGGGCCGUACGAAGUCAAAGAGCUGGUGAAGGACAUCCAGUCGCCAGUUGAUGGAGGCAACGCACCUCACCAAGGCAGUCUGAUCGAGGCCGGCGGAAAGUGGUACUUCAUGUCGUUCACGUGGGCGUUUCCCUCCGGCCGGCUGCCUGUGCUAGCUCCCAUCACAUGGGGCGCAGACGGCUUCCCCGUGUUCGUCAAGGGCGACAACGGCGGCUGGGGCAAGACGUACCCCAUGCCACUGCCGGCAAAAGCUGUCAAGCCCCUGACCGGCACAUACCGCUUCGAAGGCCCCUCGCUAGGACCGACAUUCGAAUGGAACCACAACCCAGAAACCGCCCAGUUCACAGUCAAUCAGGGCCUCACCCUGCGCACCGCAAGCAACACAACCGACCUCUACGCCGCGCGCAACACCCUCACGCACCGCGUCUUCGGCGAGCACCCCGUCGGUACCAUCGAGCUCGACUUCGCCUCCAUGGCCGACGGCGACCGCGCCGGCCUCGCCGCCUUCCGCGACCGCAGCGCGUACAUCGGGAUCCACCGCGAGGGCACGAAAUACAGCAUCACCGUCAUGCACAACGCAACCAUCGACGAGUUCUCGGGCGCCACACUGGAUCUGGGCCGCGUGGUCGAUACGGCACGGGUGCGCGAAGGCGUGCGCAAGAUCUGGCUGCGCACGGCGAUGGACGCGCGGCCGAAUGGGAGCCGUGAGGCGCGGUUCUUCUACAGCUAUGAUGGUGUGAAGUUUGUGGAGCUCGGGGACGCGUAUGAGCUGUACACGGGCUGGGCGUUCUUCCUGGGGUACCGGUUUGGCAUGUUCAACUUCGCGACGAAGGGGCUCGGGGGGUCGGUCAAGGUGAAUCGGUUCACGUCCGCGUGAUGGGCCUGAGGGAGGUGUUGCGACAGCGAGGAGGCCAUUACAGAGGUCUGGCUUAGCGUAGCCGUAUCUUGACAUCAACGUCAACAUGAUGCCGCAUCCCAGUCCCCCAACCAAAGCGACGACCAGCAACUCUCGCCGCCGUGCAAGACUGCCCCUCUCCAUCUCCAUCUGCAUCUCCACCACUCUUUCAGCCCGCCCCAACGACCUCAAGCACCCCCCUCAUCUCCCC